GGUUGGGACCUCCGGCUGCAGGUCCGCUUGGGCUAGACGCGCGAGCACAGGCAGCCGGUACGUGGUAGUCGGCUCGAUCUCCGCAGUCCCCGCCGAGCCCCGACCCUCCCGGCCGCCCUCGCCUCACUUCGCCGCCAUGCGCCUCCGCCGCCUAGCGCCGUUCCCGGGUGUGGCGCUUCUCCUAGCCGCGGCCCGCCUUGCUGCUGCCUCCGACGUGCUGGAACUCACGGACGCCAACUUCGAGAGUCGCAUCUCCGACACGGGCUCUGCGGGCCUCAUGCUCGUCGAGUUCUUCGCGCCCUGGUGUGGACAUUGCAAAAGGCUUGCUCCUGAGUAUGAAGCUGCAGCUACCAGAUUAAAAGGAAUAGUUCCACUAGCAAAGGUUGAUUGCACUGCCAACACAGAGACCUGUAAUAAGUAUGGAGUCAGUGGCUAUCCAACCCUGAAGAUAUUUAGAGAUGGUGAAGAAGCAGGUGCUUAUGAUGGGCCUAGGACUGCUGAUGGAAUUGUCAGCCACCUGAAGAAGCAGGCAGGACCCGCUUCAGUGCCUCUUAGGACUGAGGAAGAAUUUAAGAAGUUCAUUAGUGAUAAAGAUGCCUCUGUGGUGGGUUUUUUCAAGGAUUUAUUCAGUGAAGCGCACUCUGAGUUCCUAAAAGCAGCCAACAACUUGAGGGAUAACUACCGAUUUGCACACACCAAUGUUGAAUCUCUGGUGAAGGAGUAUGAUGAUAAUGGAGAGGGCAUCACCUUAUUUCGUCCUCCACAUCUUACUAACAAGUUUGAGGACAAAAGUGUGGCAUAUACAGAUCAGAAAUUGACUAGCAGCAAGAUUAAGAAGUUUAUCCAGGAAAACAUUUUUGGUAUUUGUCCUCAUAUGACAGAAGAUAAUAAAGAUUUGAUACAAGGCAAGGACUUACUUAUGGCUUACUAUGAUGUGGACUAUGAAAAGAAUGCUAAAGGUUCUAACUACUGGAGGAACAGAGUAAUGAUGGUGGCAAAGAAAUUCCUGGAUGCUGGACACAAACUCAACUGUGCUGUAGCUAGCCGUAAAACCUUUAGCCAUGAAUUGUCUGAUUUUGGCUUGGAGAGCACUACUGGAGAAGUUCCUGUUGUUGCUAUCAGAACUGCGAAAGGGGAGAAGUUUGUCAUGCAGGAGGAAUUCUCGCGAGAUGGCAAGGCUCUAGAGAGGUUUCUUCAAGAUUACUUUGAUGGCAACCUGAAGAGAUAUCUGAAGUCUGAGCCUAUCCCAGAGAGCAAUGAUGGGCCUGUAAAGGUAGUAGUAGCAGAGAAUUUUGAUGAAAUAGUGAAUAAUGAAAAUAAAGAUGUGCUGAUUGAAUUUUAUGCCCCUUGGUGUGGUCACUGUAAAAAUCUGGAACCCAAGUAUAAAGAACUUGGAGAGAAGCUCAGCAAAGACCCAAAUAUUGUCAUAGCCAAGAUGGAUGCCACAGCCAAUGAUGUGCCUUCUCCAUAUGAAGUCAGAGGUUUUCCUACUAUCUACUUCUCUCCAGCCAGCAAGAAGCUAAGUCCAAAGAAAUAUGAAGGUGGCCGUGAAUUAAAUGAUUUUAUUAGCUAUCUACAGCGAGAAGCUACAAAUCCCCCUAUAAUUCAAGAAGAAAAACCCAAGAAGAAGAAGAAGGCACAGGAAGAUCUCUAAAGCAGCAGCCAAAUAUACCACUUUGUAAAAGGACUCUUCUACCAGAGAGAUGGGAAAACCAUUGGGGAGGACUGGGAUCCAUAUGGGAUUAUAACCUCUCGGGGCUGAGAGGACAGGAUGGAUAUAAUCUGAAUCCUGUUAAAUUUUCUCUAAACUGUUUCUUAGCUGCACUGUUUAUGGAAAUACCAGGACCAGUUUGUGUUUGGUUUUGGGAAAAAUUAUUUGUGUUGGGAAGAAUGUUAUGGGGGUGGGGGGAUUUGAGUUGGGGGGUUAUUUUCUAAUUUUUUUUGUACAUUUGGAACAGUGACAAUAAAUGAGCCCCCUUUAAAGUGUUGUUUUUCCCAUGGAAUGAAGAAUCAAGUUUCUUUAGACUGUUACUAUCCAGUAAAGCUUUCCCCAGUGAUGGUAACAUUUUGUAAUCUUCAUUGUCCAAUACAUGUAGCUAUGGAGCAUUUGAAAUGUGGCUAGGAACUACCUUUUUAAUUUUAAUUCACUUAGCCACAUAGUGGCAUUGCCAGACAUGGUGGCACAUGCCUAUAAUCCUGGCAACUCAGGAAGAUUGCAAGUUCAAUUCCAGUUUGGGCAACCUAAUGAGACCUUGUCUUAAGAUAAAUAAAUAAAAAGGGAUGAGGAUGAAGCUUAGUGGUAGAGACCCCUGGGUUCAAUCCCCAGUACCUUAAACAAAACAAAACAAAAAAGCCAUCACAGUGGCUAUACACUAAUUGCUAUAGCUAUAGAAUAAUUGAUUGGGUCCAAAGUUCUCAACUCUAAAUCACUCUGAAUUUCUCUAUUCCUACAUGUUUAUUGCCUGGUUGUUAUAUGUAAUUUCUCAAUUUGAAAAUGAGUUGAUUAGAAAAGGUAAAGGGUCUUUCCUGUUGGGCUGUUUCUGGCCCAGUCCGUGCCCUAAGGAUGCGUUAAUGCUAAGCUUUCUGCAUGUUUAUACCUCCCAAAGACUGUUCUUUGCCCAGAAAUGCCCUGCAUGGGUGUGGCACCAGGUUGGAGUUGCAUCCAAGUUGUUUCAGGAAUUGCUGACACUAUUGGGUGUGGUCCAUUAACUUCACUCUCCAGUGGAACUAGGGAAAGCAAUAUCACUCUUGUGACUGUAAGUGAUCCUAUAAACCCCUGUGUUCACAAAAGGAGAACUUUCUUACUGUAAUCUCUAGUUCAACUAUAAGAUGGAUUUGGUAAAGCCUUACAGCAAAAUACACAUGGAUCAUGCAUAGUAAAGAUAUUGCGGUUGGGGAUAUAGCUCAGUGGUAGAACAUUUGGUGCGGCCUGGGUUCAAUCCUUAUCAAUGCAAAGGAUAAUUUAAAAAAAGACACAUCUAAACCAUAAUCUUAAGAGAUUUUAAUUCAUAACAUCUGAGCCAGGGGCUGGGGAUCUAAUUGUUUAGAGAGCGCCUGAAGCAGUUAGAUGUAAAGGGUAAAAAUCACUGCUUUGGAGGAUUUAAGGAAAAUAUAAAAACUUGUACAGGGGCUGGGGUUGUGGCUUAGCAGUAAAGUGCUUGCCUAGCACGUGCAGGGUGCUGGUUUUGAUCCUCAGCACCACAUUUUAAAAAAAAAGUAUUGUGUCCAACUGCAACUAAAACAAAAAAAUAAAUAAAUAAAACUUGUACAAAAACACAGAA